AGUUGCCUUGCCUGUCAGUUGAUAAAAAUUAUUUUCUGAAACGGAAAACAAGACGUGUUAGAUUUACAAUUCUAUCGUACAAACUUGCUGAGCAAAGAGACUACAACAACAAAGUAUUAUUUUUUAUAAAAUAUAUAAUGAAAUCGGUGAUUUAGUUUUCAUAUGUUUAGAAAUUAACAUAUAAAAAUGAGUAAGCAUAUGUAUUCUACUGCUAAUUUGACCGACAAGGAGUUAAAAGAACAAGGAAAUAGACUUUUUAGCCUACGUCGUUUCGAGGAUGCUAUGAAUUUUUAUACGAAAGCCAUAAUAAAAAACCCGUCAGUUGCGACAUACUUCACAAAUCGCGCAUUAUGCCAUUUGAAAAUGAAGAGAUGGGAGGCCACUUGCCAGGACUGUCGACGGGCUUUAGACAUAGAUAGUAAUCAAGUAAAGGGACACUUCUUCUUAGGACAGGCUCUAGUUGAGCUGGAGUGUUACGAUGAGGCUAUUAAACAUCUCCAUAGAGCCAAUGACUUAGCUCGUGAACAAAAGUUAAACUUUGGUGAUGAUAUUGCUGCUCAAAUAAGAAUUGCGAGGAAGAAACGAUGGAAUGUACAAGAAGAAAAGAGAAUAUCACAGGAAAUUGAAUUACAGACAUAUUUGAAUAGGUUAAUAAAUGAAGACUUACAGCGUAGAAUAGAAUCAAUAAAAUUAGAAAAUCUAAAUGAGGAAGACACAUCUACGAAAAUUACAAAGGCGGAAGAGGAAUGUAAUAACUACAGUAGCGAGUUGAACAAUCUAUUCUCCAAGAUCGACGAGCGGCGAAGGAAACGCGACGUCCCAGACUAUCUAUGCGGUAAAAUCAGCUUUGAGAUCUUAAAUGAGCCGGUGAUCACUCCGAGCGGUAUCACAUAUGAGAAGAAGGAUAUUGAAGAACACCUUGAGCGUGUCGGCCAUUUUGAUCCCGUCACUCGCGUGAAGUUAACAGCAGACCAACUGAUACCUAACUUCACUAUGAAGGAAGUUGUAGAUGCCUUCUUGCAAGAAAACGAAUGGGCGCUCGAUUAUUAACCGAUUUUUUUAAUAAUCGUAAAUUAGUGUCCACGCUUGUAGAUAGAUACCAUUUCAUAUUUUCACACGUAAUUUUAAAGGAAUUCUAGGUGUUGCCACAGUCACAUUAUUUUGUUCCUAAUGCCAAUGAAGGGUGAAAUAAUUUGAUAAAACAUUACUGUAUAGAUUAAUAUCUAGUAGUUCAGGAUACAUCGCCCAUUUUUGCAAGUGACUACUAUCAAGCUGAUUUUCCCUUUGUAGCUUUAUU